AUGACUUCCUUCCUCCAGUAUCCUCCAGCUUCCUACCCUCCUCCUCCCUCUGCGGACCACCAGUACCCCCCUCCGCCAGCGCAAUAUCCUCCUCAGUCGCAAUACCCUCCUCAACCCAAUAUGGCUGCCAUUCAUCCACUCCACGCCCAGCCAGAUCCUUACCGACUACCCCCUCCAGGUGCCUACCGUCCAGAAGUAUAUGGCCAGCAGCCUCCACCUCCGGCUCCCCCAUCUGCACCGGGUGCGGUCGUUUAUCAGGCUGCUCCGCGCCAGAGGACUGCCAUCGCAUGUCGCUACUGUCGGCGACGGAAGAUCCGGUGCUCGGGCUUUGAUAGCAAUCCAGAUGGCCGUUGCAGCAAUUGUAUUCGCUUUAACCAGCCAUGCAUGUUUACUCCAGUUUCAUCCCAGACCCAGGCCUUCGUCCCUGCUCACGCAGCCUACCCACACAUGAGAAAUGGUCAGAACGGAGGGCGCCCUGGGGGAGAGCCGGUUGUGCUCUACGGUGCGCACGGCCAACCCCUGCCUCCUCAACAGCAACCACAGCCUGGUUCAGAGACGACGCUCCCGCCACCUCAGGGAAUGUACCCUCCAUAUGCUGGUGCACCUCCACCCCUUGCAUCUGUGCAGCCAGAUCAUAGACCUCGCCGUGGCUCCGGCUCUGGGUUUGAUUAUCCCGAUCCCACCAACUUGGCUCCUGUGACGCCAGUCAGCGGAGCUCCGUACCAGCCACGUGCCGCUCCCUACUAUCCCCCACCUCCGCAUGAUCGUCGUCCUUCGCCUCAGGCUGCGUAUGCGUACGAUAACCGCCAUUCUUCUUCUCCUCACGGAUCGCCUUAUCCUGCAAUGCAUCCUCAGAGCGCUAUCACACCUCCACCCACUUCGACUCCGGGAUCUGCCCCUCGGAAUGGACUAAAUGUGCGAGAUAUGCUCAACCCCGGUGAAAAUCCGGGUCGCUCCAGUACCGAUAGCGAUAUGCUCAAUGCGUUGGACCGCCGCGGAUUAGGACAGUAG